AUGAAGUCCUCAUUCAUCACCUUUAUCAGUCUCUUCUUGUUCCUCAUAGGCACAGUUGGUAAGUUUUCUAGCGACUUCCACAGAACCCUUCCUAUGCUAAGUACAGAAAACAGUUGCGGCACCCAGUGCCCUCGAUUCCACCGAGAUUGUCAAGAGACAGAACUUCCAAGAGGUGGACGCAAUUCUCGGAACCGCAAAGGCCGACAUUAUCCAAACCAACACUGCCUACAGUCCGUUUUCAAACCAAUCAUUGAUAGAUGCCCCGAGAGCUUAGACUAAUGACAUUUCCAGAUGCUACCAGCCCAGUAACGACUGCUACUGUGACUUCGUACUGCAACGAUAUCAUUGUAAUCAUCAAUAUUGCCAUCACCGAAUGUGGGAAGAUUCCCCCCAACCACAAGUUCCUCAACAUCACGUUGAUUGCCAAUAUCUUGUUCGAUAUCCUCUGCGAGAUCAACUUCACAUUGAGUCUUCUUCUUUCCAAGUGCGGACUUCGUAUGUCUCCUUAUCCCACACCCUUCAUGACUUGUGCCUCGGGUGCUUAGGCUAACCGCACACAGUGGGGGGGCUCUUAAUAGUCAUCAUUGUUCUUGUCAGCGGGCUCAUCCUUGCCCUUAACACCCUCCUCAUUGUGGUUGCAGGAGUGUGCGUCCCCGGCCUCUUGGCGCUCCUCCUCGCCCUCAUCCUCAGCCUUCUGGGCCCCAAUUGCUUGAUCCUCCUCUGUGGCCUGGUCCUUUAGGUGUUGAUACCGCUUUGAUACUCACAAAUUCACAACUGUGAAGGGUUUGUGAUGAAAUAUCUAUAUGGCGGAUUGGAGGAUGGAUAUUAUCAGACUAUAGGUGGAGGAUAUUUCUGGAUUAUCUUGAUGGGUUCAUUUCUGAAAUGUCGGGAAAGCCAUUCACUUCGUAUCGUAUCUAUAAAAAAUAAAAAAUAAAAAUCCCGACGCUUUCACCAUGCAAAAUUUCCUCUCAAUGAAUGUGAUAACCCAUACGUGGGUAUAUU